AUGCCUCGUAAAGGAAACGUCAAGGUCCGAACAGGCUGUCUGACCUGCAAGAUCCGAAAAGUGAAAUGUGACGAAGAAAAGCCGUCCUGCAGACGUUGUACUAGUACGAAACGGAAAUGCGAUGGCUACGCACCAGUCUCACCAUCUUCGGCCGUAUCAUGGUAUCGACCGCGUCACUUGUUCCCAAAUGUGCAUGAUAGUUCCGAACGGCGGUCCUUGCAGUUCUUCGUCGAGGUUGCCGCCCCGGUCCUGUCCGGUCCGCUGGACCCCUAUUUUUGGACACACCUGGUUCUUCAGUUCAGCCAAAUGGAGCCAGCUGUCAGACACUCCGUCGUCGCUUUGGCUUCGCUCUAUGAGCAGGUGGACAGUCAUCGGGACAGCACAACGCCGUUGCCUGAUGAUAACCUGGUUCUCUUACAUUACAAUUCCGCUAUCCAGCAUCUCAAAACUAUGAAAAAUGAAUCGCUAGUCUUGCUCGUUUGCGUCCUCUUCGUCUGCAUAGAAUUCCUUCGUGGGAACCGAGCCGGCGCCACCUUACAUAGCCAGCACGGGGUUUCCAUUCUAAAACGGGUCGAAGAGACCUAUCCGUGGGCCAGAGAGCAUUUGUCUCCCAUUUUUCGGCGUUUGAGCGUGCUACCUUUCUUCUUCCGCAAUCCUGAGGAUUCAGGGCCUGUCCUAUUGUGUCUAGAUGAUGCUAUCCCGUCUUUCUCCUCUUUCAGUGACGCCCAGUUUUACCUCGAUGGAAUACUUGGUCGCACUAUCCGGCUGAUCCGACGUUGUGACGUCUACCGUCUUGGCCAUAUGAGACACAAGGACGCUCCUCCUAGUAUCCUCGCCGAGCAAGAUCUUACCCGUACAUUGCUUGAGACAUGGCACUCAAAUUUUGUGCAACUAGAGCACAAAUCACCUGAGUCAGGGCUGGCCCAUAUACAUCGAUGCAACAUGCUCAUGAAGUAUCACUUGUACUGUGUGUGGACGGAGAAUUGCUUCGAGACCGAUGAAACCUCAUACGACAGAUGGCUCGAUACUUUCCGCGCUAUGGUAGUAUUACUCACCACUGUAGAACCUUCCGACUCCAGAACAGUCAAGUUCACUUUUGAAAUGGGCUUCAUACCGUUGUUGUACUUUGUGACGAUGAAGUGCCGCUGCCUCGAGACGAGAUUGCGAGCAUUAUCGUUGAUGAAGCAACUAUCAGCGGUGAAGGAGAGUCUGUGGGAAUUGGUAGCAAUGUUCGCCUCAGCGAAACGUCUCAUCGAAAUCGAGCACGGCGCAAUUCUAACUGAUGAUGGAUGCUUAUCCGGCGAACCUUCUUGUCCUGGCCUCCCCCCAGACGAGAUGAGGGUAAGGGAUAUUUCGACCGGACCCUACUCUGUCGUACAGACAAUUAACGGAGCGGAGGUGGUCGGUAGACCAGGUGGCUUCUUCAUGCGGACUGUCGAGGGUCGUAUUUAUGUUCGGUCCGAGUUUCUUCCUCAGCCUUCCUGGAUACCAGAGACCCCUCAAGCCAUCAGUACUCUUGCUGCCUUCGGCACUCGGCAAUGA